CUCUCGUCAGGUGCAAAAUUUCUUCUGCUGCUCUCGCAAUUCUUCAAGUCUCUGUCCGAAAACAAUGAAUUAAUUUCGGCUCUUUUAAGAGGCAAAUCGCUGCCAACUCUUUUAAAAAACCUUCAUUUGUAUUCCAAAAUAAUCUGACUGGAGACAUGCCCAUGACUCUUGUGAUUUUGCUCUAAAAUUUAGUCCCAGAGGCGCCUCUCUCUUAACAUGGACGAAGACCAGCACUCCUCUCCUGGAAAGGACCACUCGCUGACCUCGAGUUCGCGCGAGUCGGUCUUUCCGUCCUGGUCCGAAAUCUUCUCUGAAGUUUGUGAACUGCGAAGACAGCUGUCCUCGUUAGCUAGCAUGUUGCCCAGUUCGUUGGCCUUUAGGAAUAUCCCGAGCACUGGCAAAACCAGGAUCUACUUUUUGGGCGCGCCGCCCAGCACUGCCUGGGAGUCGACUCUGCUCGCCACAGACAUACCCGCCCUUGGAGAGGCAGAGUCGAAUCGAAGUCUUCUGCACUGGCACCCCGUUUUAGAGGCCAAUUUCCAGUCACUGACCAGUGGUGGUCGGCUGUCCAGAGAGGAACAGCUGCUUUGGGAGAGAAAGCGCCUCGCCACCUGGGGCCUCACUUCUUACGAACUGCAUGCCGAGAGUGGCCGAAUUGUCUUUCCUGUCGCUAGCAGACUCUACCAAUGUUUGGACAUCGCACAAAAUGUGGGCGCACUUUGCCCGAGUGAACUGGACCCAAAUAUGAAUCAAACAAAAAUGAGCCCGCAGAUCUGUCCCUCAAACCCCGACUUAGUUGCUUUUGUGUGCAACAAUGACAUUUGGGUUACUCACAGCUUGACAGGGAGCUCGAUGCGUCUUACAAACUUUCACAAAGGCCCACCGUAUAACUUGAUUGACGACCCCUUGAGUGCAGGUUCUCCGAGCUAUGUGAUGCAGGAGGAGUUCAAUCGAUAUCAAGGCUACUGGUGGCAACCAAAGCAAACGUCGCCUGGUUGUUACCGCCUCUUGUUUGAGCUAGUUGACGAGUCCGAGGUGGAGAUCUGCUGUUUUCCUACCACGGGUGCAGUUGAAGAGCUGCGAUUUCCUCGUGCAGGCACGGCAAACGCCAAGUCUGAGCUUAAAAUGCUCCAAUUCAAACUAGGCACCAACUUGAUGCCGACUGAAGUGAAAGUCCUUAGUCUCACUCGCAGUCUGAACUGCCUCUUUCCUUACUACGAGUAUUUGGUUCGAGCGGGAUGGAUUCCGGACGGAACGCAAGUUUGGUGUCAACUGCUGGACAGAAGACAACAAAAACUUGACGUUGUUUUGGUGUCUGUCGACUCUUUCGGGCUUGAGGAAGACGAAGACCACAAUCACUCUCCCCACUGUUUGCCUCCAGUCAGUGUCAACUUGCUCUACUCCGAGUCGACUGAAGUUUGGAUUAAUGUCCAUGACAUUUUGCACUUCCUCCAUUCUGACGACAAAGGCAAAAUGACCUUUUUAUGGGCCAGUGAAGAAACUGGAUUUCGGCACCUAUAUCUUAUUACUGUAGCACUUACAGUGCAACUGAUUAACUGUGUUGACGAAGCAGUUCCUCUUGACGGUUUGCAAAGAGCAAAGGUUUUGAAAAGAACCGCAUUGACGUCGGGCGAUUGGGAAGUUCUACCCAGAUCGGUUUGGGUUGACGAAGAGCACGACUUGGUCUACUUCAUGGGCAUGAGAGAGUCGCCUCUAGAAAAACACCUUUAUGUUGUUUCACUGCUCAGACCUGGCGAAAUCAGGUUGCUGACCAGACCUGGAUACUCCUACAGUAUUGAGAUGAACAAGGAAUGCACUUUGGUGGUCGGCGUGUACAGCAACAUUCGCCAGCUGCCUGCCUGCCAAGUAUUUAGGGUAGUUCUGUCCGACUGGACUGUUGACGGUGUUAAUUUGAGUCCUGUCGGCUAUUUGCUUGAGCCCUCAUUUCCUGAUGUCGACUGUCACUGUCCUGAAAUCCUGACGCACCAGCUGAAGUCUGGUGAGACUUUGUAUGCCAUGGUUUUCAAGCCGAGCGGUUUUGAGCCUGACAAGCAGUAUCCUACUGUGCUGAACGUUUACGGCGGCCCCGAAGUACAAUUAGUUUCAAACUCGUUCAAAGGAAUGCGACACCUGCGGAUGCACAUGUUGGCAGCAAGGGGCUAUUGUGUCCUCGCCAUCGACUCCCGAGGCUCCCUACACAGAGGCAUCAAGUUUGAAAGUCACCUUCACCACAGAAUGGGAACCGUUGAAUUGGCCGAUCAAGUGGAAGUGCUCCGAGGUCUAGCAAAUGUUCUUGGAUUCAUUGACAUGGACAGAGUGGCAAUUCAUGGCUGGUCAUAUGGAGGCUAUAUGAGUCUCCUAGGCCUUGCUCUCUACCCAGACGUUUUUAAGGUUUCAAUUGCUGGCGCCCCAGUGACUUCGUGGAGUUUCUACGACACUGGCUACACGGAAAGGUACAUGGGUCUUCCCGAGAGCAACGUACUUGGCUACAGGUCCGGAUGCGUUCUCCAUUACAUCAAUCAAUUUCCCGAUGAGGAAGAUCGACUGCUUAUAAUCCAUGGACUGCUGGACGAGAAUGUCCAUUUUCAACACACGAGCAUGCUCAUAAAUGCUCUCGUGAAAGCCGGAAAGCCAUAUCAGCUGCAGGUUUAUCCCAAUGAGAGGCACAGUCUAAGGAGUGUGGACGCGAGCAAGCACUACGAAACAAAGCUGCUGGCGUUCCUGAACAAGAAUCUUUGAGUCGUUGUCACAGCACUCCUCCCUCAGUCGCCAUCCCCCAAAAGGGUGAGUGUAAAAGUAACCCUUGUGAUCAAAAUAAGCUAAAAUCCGUUGGGAUUAGAAUACUUUAUGUGUCAGACAGCAAUCGAUUAAUUUUUUGCAUGCAUACAUCGCAUAAGAAAAGGCUGUGUAAUAUCCCAGUUUAGCCUGAAUAGUAUUAUUACUUUAUCAAUAAUAAGUAUAAUUAUUGAUUAACUCAGAUUAACUGUGUAGAAAAUUGUGGUGGAAAGGAUCGGUCUGUUUAGAGGAACAAUCAAAUCAAUGUUUUUUAACAGAAUCAAACAUUUUAAGUGUCCCCUCGUGCAGCACACUCUUAUCAAAGAGGUAAAACUUAUCGUGAAUAUUCAUGAAAGCGAAUAUUUUCAGUUGUAAAGUAUCAGUUGAUAUUGAAUAAGUCUUGUUUUGCGCAAGUCGUCAGCAGAAUGUGAGCAGUAUUUGUUCUGUGAAUGUGUGUUGUCGGUUCGCUAACAAUUUUUUUAAAGCUAAAAAUGUUUUAUAAUCAAAAUAGGGUGAAAACAGGAAACUGUUUUGAUUCUAGCAGGACGGUUAAAUUACUCUGUGUGUAGCAAUUAAGCAAAUAAAUAUUAACAGAAAACUUCA